AGCGUCUUCAUGGGCGUCUAUGAUGCUCUGCCCACCUGCCUCUACUUGUCGCUCCAAGGCAUCCAGAAGCCCAACUUUAACCUGCUGGCGGCUGACGAUAGCACCCUUAAGAGUAUUGUGAGGGGAGCACUACGCAGCGCCCAUCACAGCUCGUCGCUGCUUGACGAUAUCCAUGUCGCAAUCAAGUCAGUACGUGCCAGGCACUUUGCAGAAGUUUGAGGAUACGCCGCAUGAGGAAUUAAAGCAGCUGGUGCGUUAUGAUAUUGUCAGUGCGCACUGGUCGGGCGGACCCGUUGGCUCGAGCAUGAGGACGUUUAGUGUUUUGGAUGAGCUUGCAGAUAAGGACAGCGAUUUUUGGAUCAAUCUAAUCGGAGUGCUCGCAGAUGAUGAAAUGUGCGAGGUUAAACUGAUCCCAGACAUCAAAAAGGACGACGACGAAGACACAAGUAUCACUUCCAGCGAGACAUGUAGUAUUCCAGAGUACGGGAUGUAUACGUGGCGGUUGGACAGAGUCCGACCGACACGCGUAUCUCCUCGGAAAUCUGCGAGCAAAUGGAUGCCUAUCAAUCAUCCCCAGACAUUUCAGAAAUUCCGGCUGCCACGAGCUAUGUAGCAUGCCCACAUGCGAGUAAUCCGCGGCCUUUUAACUAUAUCCAAGUCAGUCGGAUAUGAUUCAUACAUGGCGCGAGUGCACAUGCAGCUUUCGAUGGCUGAGCUGCCGCUUGACCUGUGGCCAUAUGUUCCAAUCUUUGAAUGGACCCUCCUUACAUCGGACCUUGUUAUUCCUGGUGCUAUCGCCAGCACCAUUGAUCCAG